AUGAUGUGCAUACUAAUGGACGAGUUCACAUUGUUAUCCAACUAUCCAAUACCGAUCGACACUUCGCUGUGCACAGCGGUUGUUGCAGAGAAUGAUGCAUAUGUUCUUCGUGGCCAUGGUGCCCCGGAUUUCAAGCAAGUUUGGCCAGGAAUGCGGGUUCUCGAAAUCAAUGAUGCUGGACACGUGACCGCCUACCUUCAAGGGCAUCGUAUUUUCCGGGAUACAAUAGCGCAAACCUUAAAUCGCAUGGAGUCCGCUCACUGA